AUGUGUGGAAUUUUCGGCUACAUCAACUACCUCGUGGAGAAGGACCGCAGGUUCAUCAUUGACACACUGCUUAAUGGCCUCUCCAGAUUGGAGUACCGUGGCUACGACUCGGCUGGUAUGGCCGUGGAUGGCAACAAGAAAAAUGAAGUCUGUGCAUUCAAGGAAGUUGGCAAGGUGGCCAAGUUGAAGGAACUCAUUGAGCAGAGCACAUAUGACAUGACCAAGACCUUUGAGUCUCAUGCUGGUAUCUCUCACACCCGUUGGGCUACUCACGGUACCCCCUCCCGCCAAAACUGCCACCCCCACCGUUCCGAUCCCAACUGGGAGUUCGCCGUCGUUCACAACGGUAUCAUCACCAACUAUAAAGAAUUGAAGGCUCUGCUGGAGACCAAGGGCUUCCGCUUCGAGACUGAGACUGAUACCGAGUGCAUCGCCAAGCUCGCCAAGUACCUCUACGACCAACACCCCGACAUCGAAUUCACAGUCCUGGCCAAGGCGGUCAUCAAAGAGCUUGAGGGUGCCUUUGGUUUGCUGCUCAAGUCGGUCCACUACCCCCAUGAGGUCAUUGCGGCCCGUAAGGGUUCCCCCUGGUCAUCGGUGUGA